CAGUCUACAGGAGUUUUUCUCGACCUUUUUAAUUUUGCAUACCCUUGAGAUCAUCUUGUAUACUACAGGAAAGAUAAAUUUGAAUACUAUUUACUAAUAAGAUGGGUGAACGUAAAGGACAAAAUAAAUACUACCCACCAGAUUACAAUCCUGCUGUAGGAGGGUUAAAUAAAUUCCAAGGAACUCAUGCUUUAAGAGAACGUGCUCGAAAGCUCCAUAUGGGUAUUUUAAUAAUUCGUUUUGAAAUGCCAUAUAAUAUAUGGUGUGAUGGAUGCAACAAUCAUAUUGGAAUGGGCGUUCGGUAUAAUGCAGAAAAAAAAAAAAUUGGGAUGUACUAUUCAACUCCAGUUUAUCAAUUCCGAAUGAAAUGUCAUCUUUGUAAUAAUCACUUUGAAAUUAAGACUGAUCCUGGGAAUUUAGAUUAUGUAAUUGUCAGUGGUGCUCGCCGACAAGAAAAUCGAUGGGAUCCUUUUGAAAAUGAACAAAUUGUUCCAGAAGAUAAAGAUACUAGUAAACGAUUGUUUGAUGAUGCCAUGUUUAAACUUGAACAUGGUACUGAAGAUUUAGACAAGGCCAAGAAAGCGGCACCAAUACUAGUUAAGCUUCAUGAUGUACAAGAUGCUAAAUGGAAUGAUGAUUUUGCUGCUAAUUCAUUACUAAGACAACAACUAAGAGCAAAAAAACAGAAAUUAGCAGUAAAAGAAAAACAUGACAAUGAAUUAAAAGAAAGACUAUCAUUAAGUAUUCCAUUGGUGGAUGAAAAUGAUGAAGAUGCAAAAAUUGCUAAGCUAUUAAGCUAUCAAACCUCUGAUAGUACAAAAACUAGACAAAAAAAAUUUAUACACGGACUACGGAAAAUUCCAAAGCUAGACCCAAAUAAACCAAAAAAAUGCCUUAAUUUGGGUAUUAUUCAAUCCACCACCACAACUAAAACCCAAGCAGUACCAAUUAGUACUUCUAACCCUAGUAAUUCAAUAUCUUCACUUGUUUCUGCUGAUUAUGAAUCAUCAUCAGAUUAAAUUUACAUAAAAACUAAAAACAAAAUAUUACAAUUCAAAAGUUAAGUUUUAU